UGUUUUAUUCUGACAUCAUAGAAUUAUUUGGGCCUAGGCAUCAAUUCUUUGGGCCCAUUGUUCAGGCCCAAAAGGCCCAUGACUUCUGUGAUUUCUAUCAUCUCGGUUCACAUUGUGUGAAGAUACCAUGACUUGUGUAAUUUCAGCUUCUCGAUUCGCAUUCUCCAUUUCCAAAUCCACGAGGCUCUGCUCAUGUUCAAGCCCUAGGGUUUCCCCAUCAUCUUCCCUCAGUCUCCGUUCUUGGAAUCGAAAUUCCAAUCCAUUUAGCUCCGCUUCCAUGAGUCAAUCAGCUGAAACAAAUUCCGUUCCUCCACCGGACGAUGGCGGAGCGAAGGCGGAGGAGAUAGCCGACGUUUUAAUUCAGUAUGUGGUGCUCCGGAGAGAUCUGAUCGAUUCCUGGCCGCUUGGUAGCGUCGUAACUCAGGGAUGCCAUGCUUCAGUCUCUGCCAUUUGGUUGAAUAAAGACGAUCCCCACACUUCCGACUACUGUAGUCCACACAAUAUCGAUUCCAUGCACAAGGUUACUCUUGAAGUGAAGGGAGAAACUCAGAUCGUUAACUUGUCAGAGAAACUUAAAGCCAACUCAAUCGUGCAUAAACUAUGGAUAGAACAGCCAGAGAACAUUCCAACAUGUCUUGCCACAAAACCCUACCCCAAAUCUAUUGUAUCACCAUUUUUUAAAAAGCUAAAACUCUGUAAGUGAUGAAAUAUUGAAUUAUAAAGAACCGAUGAGUGAUUGCCUUUA